GUCGUCUGCUUGUCGGCCGCACUGCCUGCUCUCUUACUCUCAGGCACUCUCCUAGGCCACCUGCGCCCAGGCACGAAGGGGGCCUGCUGUUGGGCUUCGCGCAGACGCACUCGCUUCGAUACUAGGCCUUACUGCAGUUAGUUCCUUCGGGGUCCUGGCUGAGUGUUGUGCGCUGCGGGAGAACUCGAGAGCGUUUAGUCGCUUCUGUGGCCUGACGCGAAGGUGACAUGGAUGACGAAGAGGAGACCUAUCGGUUAUGGAAGAUCCGCAAGACUAUAAUGCAGUUAUGUCAUGAUCGGGGCUACUUGGUGACCCAGGAUGAAUUAGAUCAGACUUUGGAAGAGUUCAAAGCCCAGUUUGGGGAUAAGCCCAGUGAAGGACGGCCUCGACGCACCGAUCUCACAGUAUUGGUGGCCCACAAUGAUGACCCCACAGACCAGAUGUUUGUCUUCUUCCCAGAGGAGCCAAAGGUUGGAAUAAAGACUAUCAAGAUGUACUGCCAGCGGAUGCAGGAGGAGAACAUCACCAGGGCCCUCAUCGUGGUGCAACAGGGCAUGACGCCCUCCGCGAAGCAGUCCCUGGUUGACAUGGCUCCCAAAUAUAUCCUAGAACAGUUUCUACAGCAGGAGCUGCUCAUCAAUAUCACUGAACACGAGCUGGUUCCAGAGCAUGUUGUCAUGACAAAAGAGGAAGUCACCGAGCUGUUGGCUCGAUAUAAGCUUCGAGAAAACCAGCUGCCCAGAAUCCAGGCCGGAGAUCCAGUAGCGCGUUAUUUUGGAAUAAAGCGAGGGCAGCAUCCCUGGAGAUACGCUAGCCAGCCUCUGACUCCUGUCUCAGCAUGCAAGGCAGAUCCACCUGUGAAGAGGGCUGACUUCUGUGCCGUUUACUUGCCAUUUUCUUGUGUGCUGCCUAACUCAGUGAAGAAAGCAUGGGUUUUCCCUCUCACUUGUUCAACAGGACUGAAUUUGGGAAACGAAGAAAUGGCAUAGGAUCUCUUUUGGAUGGGAGUGGUGGGAAGCAUAAUGGUUCACAAAAUAAAAUGUGUGUUGUGGAUCUUGUA